AUAAUUCAAAGGUGUAGUUUGGCAUCAACCUUUUGGAUCAAGCCCUGUCUUCAUAUUUUCUAGACCGCGUUGGUUUUUCCCUCGUUCAAUUUCAACACAGUAGCAAUGGCUCGAGGAAGUAUAUGUUUGGUUUUUGCUGCUCUUUGUCUUUCUUCUGUAUCUGCAACACUGAAGAUCGCAGCUUUUAAUGUACAGACGAUGGGGGUCAGCAAAAUGGGAAAGCCUGAAGUAGUCAACGUGUUGAAGCAGAUAAUCUCAUUCUACGACAUGGUCUUAAUCCAAGAAAUCAGAGACAGCUCAGGAGAGGCUAUCGUUGAGCUCCUAGAAGAAGUCAAUAGUUAUUCAUCGGAAGAAUAUAAUAUGGUGAUCUCUUCACGGGCCGGACGCAGUUCCUACAAAGAGCAAUACGCAUUCUUCUACAAGAAAAACAAGAUGACCGUUUUGGAUUCUUUUGAGUAUCCGGAUAACGGAGAUCGGUUUGAGAGAGAGCCUUACGUCGUUAGGUUUUCUGCCCCUUCUACACGUGUUGGUGAGUUUGUAGUGAUGGCGCUGCAUGCUAAACCUGACGAUGCUGUAAAUGAACUUGAUCUUAUGGCUGAUGCCUAUGAUUAUACAGUCAACCAAUGGGGAAUCAGGGAUGUUGCUAUCAUGGGUGAUUUGAAUGCAGACUGUUCUUACGUAGGAAGUGAUGACUGGCAAAAUAUCCGACUUCGCACUCAAUCGAAAUUUGAUUGGGUGAUACCCGAUUCGGCUGAUACAACGGUCUCUGGAAACACCAAUUGUGCAUACGACAGAUUUGUAUUAGCUGGAUUAAAUUUAAGGGCUAUGACUUCGGGUGCUGGUGUCUUUUACUUUGACGAUUUCUUCGGUCUUGACUAUACAGCAGCAAAGGCUGUGAGCGAUCACUACCCCGUAGAACUUACUAUUGAUUAAAAACGUCAUGGAAAUUAUUCACUAAUUGCUGAAGAUGGUCGGACAAUUUUUUCUUGAAACAUGCUGAAAAUAAAGGCUUGAUACUGCUGAGGACGAUUACCCCUAUUCCCAUCUUAAUUCAAUAUCUAUCAAACAUAUGGGGCUAAUAAUUAAAUGGAUUAUUCUAUAUUAUUUAUCGAUGAGCACGUUGGUUCGUUUUGUUUCUGUUUAAGGUCAAUGUCAUCCUGGCAUAUUAGGGGUCAACAUAUACCGUAGAAGUAAUCACAGUGGUGAGAAGAGGGGGUACCUCACCCCUUCCAUCCCCUCCAAGAAUGUCAACUUUAAAUAAAUCAAAAUUUAAAAGGAGGAAAGGAAAAGAAAGGAAAUGAGUGAUUUUGAUACUAUUUUCUGAAUGAUAUGAAGAAAAAAUAAAAUGAUAAGAUUUGCAUUUUAAAAUGAUGAACAGAGAUAAAGUUUGAAAUAAAAUACAAAUGUCUCAUAAUGUUGUAAUUGCCAUGACUGCAUCUAACUUUGUUCAAACGAAAAGAAAUGCAUAAUGUUAAAGUGACACACUGUAAAAAAAUGAAGUGCUAAUUUUGCAUAGUGACUGCACUACGAGUGCUGAUUUUCUAGUUCAAAUUUAAACUAGAAAAUCAGCACUCGUAAUGCAGUCACAUAUACAAGCACUGUAAGUGCUAAAUUAGCACUUCAUUUUUACAGUGUAUACGCCAGACUAGAAAUAAUUGUAUAUUAAAUAGGAAAAAAACCGCUAAGAAUUCAUCAAGUUUUAUUACAAAUAACAGAGUUAUUGCAUUUCAAAGUUUAACAAUAUUCUGUAAAAGACAAAAGUUAUGCACUUUGUCAUGAAUAUGGAAUAGAUGGGUCGAUGAUGUAUCCCACUUUCUCUUUUACAUUAAAACGUAAUUAUUUCAUAUUUUCAUACAUUCAAAAUGAGUUGCAACAAUGAUUACCUUACACAUAUUAUUGUCAAUCCAUUUUUUGUUCAUACUUGGAGAAAGAAAAUUGAAUGAAUUCAAUUUCAGAUGAUCAAAUAAAAAAGAAGAAAGUUGGGAUAUGACAUCAACAGUUUCCUCAUGGUGUAUUUAUAAACAUAUACACAUAAUAUAUUCAUGCAACUGUUUCACCAAAUUAAUGUAAAACUUUAAUCAUUUUAUACGACAUAUGCAAGGGAGGCUCACAAGUGACAUUUCAAAGACAUAAAAUAAAAUCAUUAUUUUAUAACCUUUUUGUGGAUUUCGACAAACUGCUGUUCGCAUUUCUCUCAUUCUCUUCAAUAUUGCAUCUUGAAAAGCCAUCAUCAAUUCAUCACAUUUACACAUUCCACCAUUCUGAACCCAAAAGCAAAACAAUAUUACAUGAAUAUUGCAUGCAUGAUCUUUAUUGAAAUCAAUGGUAUAUUCAUUUGUAAAAGUUCUUAUUCGGGAAAAGAAUUUAAAAGGCAGUUGUAGGGUAUAGAUGCCUAGAGAACAAAACUCAGUACAUACAGACGUACUUGAUAAGAUAAGUUCUUAUGGAUAAUUGUUCGCACUAUUUUCUCUUAAUAGAUUACUAGUAUACAUAUUACGAUUCCAAUUCAGUCUCCGAAAUAGGUUUUUUUUCAUUUAAGAGAGGAGUCUUUAUACGGUUAUAUUUUUAUUGCAAUUAUAGUGUAGUUUGGCAACAUUUGAUUGUCGAAGAGUUGAGAACUAGUUUUAGGAUUUGAUAUAUAUAGGAUAAGUCAAUCAUGUUUGCUCAUAUCUUUAAUUGGUUAUUCUAUUUCAUCAUUCUGUAAUUGAGGCAUCGCAUCGAAUUUCCGAAAUGCUAAUAUGUCAGCACUGGGUAUACAGUGUAUGAUGUGAAGAAGCCAUCUGUGAUAUUCUGUUCCAAAUUAAACACUUUGCGUAAAUAACA